AUGUCGGCAUACGGAUACGGUCCUCCGCCACCUCCUCCCCCUGCGGCGGCGUCGGGAGGACACCCAAGUUACGGCCAUCCGGCUCCAUCGUAUCCUCCUCAUGGUCAGGGUCGAGGCGGAGGCUCGCAUCACGGCCGCGGUCGCGGAGGACACUACCCAGGAGGUCGUGGCGACUACCACGGCUCGCCACAGGGGCAUUACGAGUACACCGGCCAACCCUAUCCCGCCCACAAUCCUCCUCCCUACGGAGCCGCUCAUCCUCCCGCUGGAAGCUAUCCGCCACCACAACCCCAAUGGCCUCCCGAGCAUGGCCAUGCUCCUCCACACGGCCCUGUACCGGUCCCGAUGUCCUCCAGCAACUACCACCCCAAUUACGCUCCUCAACCAUAUCCGCCCUCGCAAUAUCCUCAGCAGCCGCCAUACGGUGCUCCCCAGCCGUACAGCGCUCCCUAUCAGGGUCCCCCUCCUCCCAACCAAGCCCAGUGGAAUGGUCAAGGACCGCCGCCCCAGGGCCAUUAUGGGAAUGGUCGACCCCGAGGCGGAUACAACGAUCGCGGUGCUGCAAAGCCUCCAAUGGGCGGACCGAUGCGUCCCGGUUAUGAGCACGAGUCAGUUCCGCCUCCCGUGAACGGUAGCUAUGGACAACCAUAUCCUCACGAUCCUCGUGCCGCCCAUUACCCCCCGGCACAGUAUCCUCCUUAUCCUGGCCCCCCUCCCCCGCCUGGGCCUCCCCAUCAGGACCCCUACUAUGGCAAGACUGCUCGCCGUGGUCGGGGUGGUCACAGAGAUGGAGGCUCUCGUGGGCGUGGCGGCUUUCAUGGGAAUGACAAGGCCCGCCAUCACAAACCUGGCAACAAUGAACCCAGCCAUCACAAGCCGGAAACCCCCUCCGUAGGAAAGAAGAAGAAGCGCAAGAUCAAUACGCUUGGCCUGACCCCUGGAAUGGAUUCGGAGUCCGAGGAUGAUGAGGGCGAGGAGAAGGUUCUUAACGACCUGAUCGGACAGGAAACUCUCCACGUCAAAGACGUAGCCGCGUUCCUGGCAGACAGGAAGAAGCAUUUCCCUACCAAGGCGCGUGUUGAAGCAAAGAAGGCUGCCGAGCUGGCACACAAUGGCGAAGACAAGGCUUCCUCGCUCGAGAAACAAGCCGACAAACUCAGGCGACAGCUUCGCAAAGUUGAGUCAUCCAUUAAGCGCAAGCGAGAACAAGGAGACGAAGGCGACGAGAUGAGAGGCCCUUCCGAGGAGUCUUCGGAUGAUGAGAAGCCAGAAGUCAUGUCUACUCGUUCCCAUGUCGCUCCGCCACCACCUCCCCCUGCAAAGAAAGCCGACGUUUCCAAACAUUGCAAAUAUUAUUCCACUGGUGGAACAUGCGGCAAGAAGGGCAAGUGCCGCUUCGUCCAUGAUCCCGAGGUCAGAGAAGCAGCCAUCAAGGAGCGUGAGGCCAACAACGGCCGGCUCACUAUUCAGCAACGUCUGAUCCUCAACGACAAGGAGCAGGAAGAUCUCACCGUACUGCAAUCCAUCCAAUACCUUCGCCAGAAGGGUCUCAUGCAGCCGGAUCCAGAAGACGAACAGAAGGAAUCCAAGAAGAAGAACCAUACUGUCCCGCCCCAGGCCACUACCAGCUUGCUCCCAGCUGCCUCUGCAUCCCUUCCCCCCCCUCCCGUCAAGCGAGAGACUGGACUUCCUCGUCGCAAUCCGCCGCCAUCCAUCAUUCCCAGUGCGAAUAGUACCAGCACCCAAGGGAUAAAGCACUACCAAGGUUGGCUCCUAAGGCCGUACGGUAGCUCAAGCGGCAAACAAUCUAAGAGCGACGAUCUCCCCUGA